ACAUACAUAUGUAUAAGUAUAUAGUAUACUUAUAUACAAACAUUAAAAUUUUUCGGAUUUGGAUCAUUUGGCGCCGAACGUAGGUUUAUACGAGUUUCUGCGCACAGAUGACCUUGAGAAUACCCCAACAUUUGAUCAUAUAUACAAAUUUUGUACAGCAAAUUUUAAUAGUUACUUCGGUUGUCCAGCACAUACAUUUGAAACGUUUCUAUGUAAACGUUACGCCGCAUGAGCGAUGAACCUGGGUAAUGGUCUGUUCUGGCUGGUGGCACUUUUUUUCGUAGCCUGUAAUCUGUCGUUCGGCGGUACUCGUGAGUCACAACUGCGCAUCGGUAAGGCCAUCAACAUAUUCGUGCGCUAUGGCUAUCUGGGGAUAUCGAUGCGUGUUAUACCAUACAAUGACAGCUACGAGGCGGAUAAAUGGCUAUUCAAGGAGCCGACAAAGUCAAUUUAUAAGGAUUUAAACGCAUUGAGUGAAAGUCGCGAAGAGAAUGCGCCGGGCAUCUUUCAUGGUGACUUCCAUAUGGAAUUCUGCGAUAAUCGACGACAGCUGUACCAGGCUUACUUCCGAGAUUUCACGGUUGAACGGCUGGAUAAACCGUGGGAGGCUUUUACCGGUGGCUGGUUCGCCGAGAAUGCCGCCAAGAAGCUGGGCAUAAACACGUCCUAUAUAAUGGGUGAAUAUUCGUAUGUACUGGUGCGUGUAGUGCGUUUCCGAGAAGUGGGUAAAUUCAAAGCCGACAUACCGCUCAAUCAGACACUGGAGAAUGACGUGCAUGAGCGUAUUGGUGGAAUAGCGGCCGGUAAUGUGACCGGCGCCAUCGAAUUUAUGGAGUCUUAUGGCACACACUACAUCAACUCUUACACGACGGGCAAUUCAUUGUACCAGGUAUUUGUCUACACGCGAAAAAACUACCAGCUGAUCAGGGAUCGCAUUAAAACGAAAGGCUUGAACAGUCUUUCGAAGAAGGACCUCUACGAUUUCUUUGCGCCAUGGCAUGCCGUUCACCUGGGGCAAAUACGUUCGGCUAGCGCCAAUGCGACGGUGGAGCGCUGGGCGCGGCGCAAACUGCAAUACGAGUACUAUGUGGUGAAGUAUGUGACAUUGCUCAAGUUGCACGGCAAUGGCACGCUACUCAAGGCAUUGGAUAGCCUCUUAGGCAACGAUGCAAUUCUUCAAUUAGAUUUGAAAUCAUUGAAUGUCAUAUUUAGGCAUGAGCCUGAGAAGCAAAACUGGUUCAACGAAGUGCUCGACAAUCAGAUGAAAUUGUGGGAGGUGAACAUGCCCAUGAACUGAUCCAACAGUAGCAAGUAGUAGCUAUAUACGUAAGAAUGAAUAGUUGGGAGGUUUACGUGAGCCGUUAAUGUUCCUAAGUCGCUAGCGACUAUUCGCGUUGUUGCCAUUUCUUUGCGCAGCCUUAAGUCGCACAUGUACAUAUGUAUGUGUAUAUAUAUGUGUGUGUGUAUGAAUUCAAUGUAGCAGUGCCUGGUUCACGUUAUAAAUAUUUAAAGAAAAAUAUGAUAUGUUGUUGUUGUUGUCCUCGGAGGCUGCAAUAAUGCUUUUUCGAUGCCUGUGAUAGUUUUAGUUGAUUUUAUUGUUGUAAAUUAAGUUAGUUCUAAUUUGAGUCAUAACACACAGAAGUACAUAUUUUCAUGUGUAGCAUAUGGAUACUUAUGUAUGUAUGUAUGUAAAUAAAGUUAGGGUUGGAUACGAUUUGGGAAAUGUGUUUUAUAAUGGUAAAAGAGCAGUCGGACGUAAAAUAGUUUAGGGAGAAUAUAAUUUAAGAAAUCGAAUAACGAAAUAAGUUAGCGUAAGAACUAUUGUUAAGGCAAAUAAGUAUGUAAAUAAAUAAAACGAUGGUUAAAUAGAUGAGAAAAAACAUGAUGAAA